AUGGCAAGCGAUUCACCAGUCCAUUUCUUCGACAUCACGUCGACCCUGCCCGGUUCCUCGAAAUCAUGGUCCCCGAACACCAUCAAGACCCGCAUGGUCCUGAACUACAAGCGCAUCCCCUACACCCAAAGCUGGGUGUCCUACCCUGACAUCGCACCUCUCCUGACCUCCCUCGCCGUACCCGCCAACCCAGAUGGAAUCGCCUACACCCUCCCCACAAUCAACCACAAGCCGACCGUCAAGUCCAACCCCACCGGCACCCUCACGGAGUCCUUCGCCAUAGCCUGCCACCUAGACCAGCACUACCCCACCCCGUCGCUCUUCCCCUCCGGCGACGCAAGCUACGCCCUCACCAUCGCAGUCGGCAAGCUCCUAAGCGCCGCGGUCGGCAAGGCCCGUCCGCUCAUCGUCCCCAACGUCGCCGAUAUCCUUGAUGAUAGGGGGAGAGAGUACUUCAUCAAGACGCGGUCUGCAUGGUUUGGCAAGCCGCUAUCCGAGGUGCGGCCUCGGGACCCGCAGCAGGUGAAGGAGGCGACGGACGAGCUCAAGAAGGAGCUGGAGGUGCUGGCGCAGAUGCUCCGGGGCAAGGUGGGGAAGACCGGGCCCUUCUUUGAAGGGGAUAAGCCUGGGUAUGCGGAUUUCAUCGUAGUUUCGUUCCUGGCGUGGGCUGAGAGGUCCGAUAAGGAACUUUGGCGGGAGCUGCUGGGUGCCGGUCAGGGGGAGUUCAAGGCCUUGUGGGAGGCUUGUAUUCCGUGGGUUGAGGGACAGGGUGAGGAGAAGGACUGGCCGAUUGCUGAGUGA